UCCUCCUUGAAGCAGACUUCACCUGGUUCAGUGUCUUGCUCCAGUACCUGCAGCGCCUGAAGAAAGAAUCUAUUUUUUUAAACUCUUGCCCUCACUGUCAUCCUCUGUUGGCUCAGUUCUGUUUUUCUCUCUGCUGGAUUAUUAUUCCUGUCUUCAUGGGGAUAUCUGGACACAUCACGCUGCUCGGUCUCCUUCUGCAGGGCUGUCCACAUGUGGAAAGUGUUCCUCCCGAGUGUGAUCCAGACUUCAUUCUGCUGCAGGAUGAAGUUUCCUGUCUGGAGCUGCUCAGACCCAACGGCAGCUCCCAGAGCCCUGCGGAACCAGAGUGUGUUGGCUGGUGGGACCUCAUCCACUGCUGGCCUCACGCUGCCGUUGGAGACGUGGUGUCGCAGCCGUGUCCCAGCUUCCUGCACUCCUCAGGACGGGUGUUCAGAAACUGCACCGAGCACGGCUGGACCGACCCGUACCCCCCACAUGAUAUCGCCUGCGAGUACGGCUUCAAUGAGAGCCUUCCUCGGGAGGUGUACAGGUCGCAGACGUACUUCCUGUGCGUGAGGAUCAUGUACACGGUGGGCUACGCCACGUCCCUCGUCUCGCUCACCGUGGCCGUCUCCAUCCUGUUUCUCUUCAGGAGGCUCCACUGCACGCGGAACUUCAUCCACAUGCAGCUCUUCCUCUCGUUCAUCCUCCGAGCGGCGCUCAUCUUCAUCAGAGACUUGGUCCUCUUCUCGACGGAGGACUACUUUCACUGCGGCGUCUACCCGGUGAGCUGUAAAGUGGUCACAGCUCUGUCGAACUACUGCAUCCUGGCCAACUACAGCUGGUUCCUGGCGGAGGCCCACUACCUGUACAGCCUGGUCAGCGUCUCGCUGCACGCCCACAGGACACGUCUGUGGUGGUACGUCCUCCUCGGCUGGGGUUCUCCUGUCGUCGUCAUCAGUGGCUGGAGCUCCGCCAGGUACCUGCAUGAAGACGAAGGCUGCUGGGAAACCAGGAGAAGUGAGUGGAUCUGGUGGAUUCUCAGAGUUCCUGUGCUCAUCUUCAUCAUAGUGAACUUGGUACUUUUCUUGUGCAUUAUAAGAAUCCUGGUGGCGAAGCUAAGAACACAGGAUCUGCCUGGCAGUGAGUUCGGCCAGUACAGGAAGCUGGCCAAGUCGUCCUUCCUGCUGGUGUCCCUGUUUGGCCUGCACUACGUCAUCUUCGCUUUCCGUCCUCAUGAGGACAGCGACAGAUCCUCGGAGGUCUGGAACUUCAUCGAGCUUGCUUUCGCUUCCAUUCAGGGUUUUGUUGUGGCGCUUCUCUACUGUUUCCUGAAUAGGGAGGUGCAGAGCGAAGUCCAGAGGAGGUGGCAGAGGUGGAGGAUGACACUGCAGCUGGACUCCAGGAGACAGAGCCGGAACCAGGACCAGGACCAGGGGGGCGCCACCAACAUCAGCCUUCUCAUGAAAACCGCCUCCACAGCAGAGUCCGGCCUGGUGUAGCGGGACUUCGACUCAGAUGAUCCAGAGAAGGCAGCUACGUGGAGACAUGGUCCACAGUGCACAUGGUGUCAGAAAAAAAACAACAACAACCAAAGAAAGAGUAACAGGGGUGGCAGUAGAAGGACAAACUGCCUUUAAACCUGCAGAACCAGAGUCAGAAAUGGAGGCUUUCUGCAGAAACAUACUCAGAGGAGGAGACUUUCUGCAGAACCAGGAUGGACUCACGUCUCAGUCUUACCCUGAUGUGUCCAGAUGUGAUGGUCACAUAUUUGGUCUGUAGGAUUUUUACAGCUCAAUAUAAUAACCUCUGCCUCAUCAGAGUUCAGAAACAGACUGUCCCUGCCCUGCACAUGUUCAUCUGUCACUGUGUGAAUAACUCUCAGCUGUUCAGUCAGUUUCUCACUGGUGACUUUAUAAGCGGUUCUGCGGCAUCCUCUGCGAAUCCUUCACAUCAGACAUGUGUAUAUGUUUGCAGUGUAAUAUGUAAUAAUGUAAAUAAUAUUGCCUUUUCUGACGUAAUUGAUACUAAUGUUAUUGUGCGAGAAUAUUAAAAAAAAAAACAGAACAUUGCUACAUAUUUUCAUGUUGUCCGUAUUACAAUAACCUCUAUUUGU